UUUUCUUUUUUUUUUUUUUUCGUAGUAGAAAAAAAGCACCCAUAAAUAAAAGUACAAACUCAUAAUGCCUAAUUUAUCCGAAUACGAAAAGAAACGACUUGAAAACAUAAAAGCUAACGAAGAAUUGCUAAAGACACUGGAUAUUCCUACACUGGGUAUUAAACGCAGAAAGAUAGAGAUCAAGACAACAACCAGCAACAAAAAGAGAUCACCCGCUAUCAAAAAGGAGCCACAGCAACCUACUCGUGUCUCUGCUCGUCUUCGAGGCAAGAGUCCUGAAAAGAAUGUUGAAGAGACAAGAACUGAGAGAGAAGGACCAAAGACGAUCGAAAGUUUGGACAAGCAAGAGCAUGAAAAACUGCUGACAUUGAUGAAACGUGCUCUCAUACCAAAUAUUGAGCCUACGAUAAAGACAGAAGAUGCUGUCAAUGAUAAAGCAUUGGCAGAUCAAUUAAAGGAACUAAAGAUCAAGCAUGACUGGACGACGGUCAAGGUGACGCCUAAUCGUAUCAAUGGCUGCGCAUUUCAUCCUUCAAAUGCAAAGUUGUUGGGUUGCGCCAUUGAUGUAGAAGGAUAUUUAGGGUUUUGGGAUAUUGAAGGACAAGAUGAAGAUGGAGAACCCGUUGUAUACAAUUAUAGACCACAUACAAGAACAGCUACAGAUAUCAAGUUUGAUUCGUUUGAUCAAACCAAGCUGAUAACAUCAUCUUAUGAUGGACUUAUCAAGAUAUUUGAUAUGAACAAGGCAGAGUUUGAAACACUCGAUUUAGGUUCAGACCGUUUCCCAAUUACAUCGUUUGACAUACAACAGGAUGGACAAUUGAUUUGGUUUUCUACUUCAGAUGGUGAAAUAGCAUGUGUAGACAAAAGAAAAGGAGGCAACCCCAAGGUUUAUACACUACGAGAGAAGAAGAUUGGCUGCAUCCACAUAAAUCCGAUUCAUCAAGAUUUACUUGCAGCGGGAUCAAACGAUCGAACGGCUACUAUUUGGGAUAAAAGAAAGUUGAAAAAGGACCCAUUGCAGUCAUUUGACCAUGGAUACUCCGUCACAAGCUGCUACUGGUCACCUAAUGGGGAUAUAUUGGCUACUACCUCCUAUGAUGAUUAUAUCAGAUUGUUUGAACUAAGCAAAGAAAAGAAGGAAUUGAACCUAAAGAGCGCUAUUCCUCAUAACAAUCAUACUGGAAGAUGGGUGACUAACUUUAGAGCACGGUGGAAUUACAACAAGUAUCAUGGAUUAGAACACCAACAUUUCGUUAUUGGCAAUAUGGGCCAAACAGUAGAUAUUUAUUCAGGAAUGAAUGGCAAAGAGCUAAUUCAACUGUAUGAUGAGGAUCAUAUCACAGCCAUUCCAAGUGUCAUACAAUUUCAUCCUAGUACAGCCGAUUUGACCCUGUUGACAGGUAAUGCAUCUGGUAGAAUGGUGUGUUGGAACAUUUAACUACAAGACUAAUGAAUAAAAAAUAAUAUAUCAUUCAUGUUAUACUUACCGAGGCAUCAAGGAAUGCACUGCUGCUAUGAGCAGCGCAUUAAAUCCAAGAGCGCCGUUAGUCUUUUGCGGGUCAUUUGAAGGGAGGAAGCUUUCAUUUCUAUGUUUUGAUUUGUAAACAAAGA